UAUAAUAUAAUUUGUAAGUAAUUUUUCACGAUCUUACUCGAAUUUAUCAUUAAAGCUUGAACUAAUGAUCUAUGUUAUUAUAAUGUUUACGUAAAUUGAUUAGUAAUCUGACCAAAAGGAGGGUUCACGUGAUAAAUUUGCAUGCGAUCUUUCAUGACGAACCUACAAUUUCGUUAUUGCUUACAGUUUCGUUAUUCCUUUGAAGAAAGUUCGUAGUGAAUUUUAUAAUAACGUUUCCAUUGACAAUAAUUUAGAUAAUAUAAUGAAAAUUUUCAAAUACAAUAUUUUUAGAGCGAAAGGAAUGUAACGAAUUGUUUAUAUUUUUAUAUCAAAAUAAAGCGGUUUUUCGAUAAAUUUAAAGUAACCAUAGUCAAAGAAGAAUGUCGAGUAGAAUCAACAUGGCAGCUGUAAUUAUUUUCUUCGUUUGGCUAUUUAUUUUCGUUUCUUGUAACAAUUUGGUGACCUCAGAAAAUCAUAUUCAGACAAUAACAACGACGACAAGCGAAAGUAGCAACAGUAAUACGAAUACUAUUAUCAAUUGUAGCUCAGUACCAAUUAUGGUUAAUGUUUCAUAUACCCUUUGGGUCGGAGAUAAAGUUGACGAAACAUACAAUUUAACGGUUUCUGCAACGAAGAACGAAACUUUCUUUGAAGUAAUGAUUUCAGCUGCUGAGAUGUCAACUCAUUUUCUGUUCAUUGCAACAGUGCAUCCUGUAUAUGGAUACUAUAUCCAUACGUUGAAUGGUAUUCAAGAAAAUCGGAUAACUUCUUGUUAUUGGAUGCUCUAUCAACUACCAACAUUACCGGAUCCCACCUCACCACCUGGUGAUCAAUGGCUCACAACUAAAGGUGUCGGUGAUGUAAGAGUCGACGAAGGUGAUUAUUUUCUUUUUUGGUAUAAAUAUGUAAAUAUUAAGAAGAAAUCAUUGCUCGAUUAUUAA